CGAGAGCUAGGCGGGAGGUGGAGGCGAGGCUGUGGCCGGGGUUGGCCCAAGGAUCUUAGAGAAUUACUAAAAAUGAGUCUACGAAAGCAAACUCCAAGUGAUUUCCUAAAGCAGAUCAUAGGAAGACCAGUUGUAGUAAAGUUAAAUUCUGGAGUGGAUUACCGAGGUGUCCUGGCUUGCCUGGAUGGCUACAUGAAUAUAGCUCUGGAGCAAACAGAAGAAUAUGUAAAUGGACAACUAAAGAAUAAAUAUGGGGAUGCAUUUAUUCGAGGAAACAAUGUGUUAUAUAUAAGUACACAGAAGAGAAGAAUGUGAAGACACCAGCAAAGGAAAAAUUUUUUUUUGUAGUUUUGUAUUUUUUAAUUUUUAAAAAACUAUUUCUUACUUUUGUCAUGUAAAUUUUCCUGUUUUCAUUGUUGCUUAUGCACUGACUUGAGAGGAGGAAGUAGAGAUUUUUUAAACAUACAUAAACUAAUGGUUUCAGUUGUA